CCGGGGCUCCGCUGUCAGCCGCUUGUGCUCCAUACGCUUUCCGUCGGCGAAACACACACUGAGUGAUGCGCAACCAGCCCGCACCAUCCCUCGCAAAUCUCAAAAGGAGGUGACUUGAUCAGCAUAUGACAUUCUCCAGGUCAUUGCCUGGAGCAAACAGUAGAGCUGCUCUGCCUACCUACGGAUACCAGGUCAAACCAAUAACAAUGCAUGGCCUGUAAGCAGCCCAUCAUGGCUCAUAGGAAGAGGCCAGGGAACAGCGGAGGAAACAGUAUGGCUGCUCCAGGCCUCUGUUCCAACCCUCAUCCUACCGAGUCAUGUGAACCAAAAGCCCUCCCUCCUCGGCAACGCCCGAUCCGCUACCCCAAAGAGUCACGUGAUCCGAAACCCCUCCCCCGUUCCUGUAAGGUACAGUACUCCCCUCCUAAGUCUCAGGAUGUGAGUCACAACCAUCCAGAAGCAGAAGCGGACACAGUGGUGGAAGUGAAGCGCUACAGCAACCAAGCAGAUCCAGAACAGCAGGAGCAGCGGCCAGCUACACCCUCCUCGCCAGAACAUGAACGAGACCGAGAUGAGCAUGACGGGGUGGACUUCCACGGUGGAGCUGACAGCCUGGAUGACGACUCCAGCUCUGACUACAUUAAUAACACAUCAGAUGACGAGGAAGACUAUGAUGACGGGCUGGCAGAGGAGGAUGAAGGUACGACUUACUACAUCCGCUACUGUCCAGAGGACGACAGCUACAUGGAGGGUGUGGACUGCAGAAGCCAGGGAGACUGUAACCACGGACACAGCCAGGGCGACAGCACCAACACCAUGCAACAGAGUGAGGGACACGCUGAUGAAGGCCAGGAGGCUGAGGAAGGGUGGGCUGAGGAGGGAGCGGUCGUGGGGGAGGUAAGAGAGGAAGGGUGGGUGGAAGGAGAGGAAGGAGAGGAUGCGGGUAGGGAGGAGUGGAAAGAGGAAAAGGUGAGGGAGGAGUGGAGAGAAGAGGAGGAGGAGCAUCUUCACCACCACCCUCCCCCACUGCAAGACACCCAAGACGAGGAGGAGGAGAGUGAGGACUACUGCCCUAAUGAGGAGGAAGAUGAGGAGGGGGACGAGGAGGAGAGACAUGGAAGGGCCUACACUGGAGACUACUAUGCCCCAGAGGACAAUGGGAACUCAGGGAGACGGGGGAGGAGGCGGAGGAGGACAUUGACCAAAUAG